UUUCUGCUUUGCCCCUUGAGGCGCUCGCCGCGACCACGAGUAAAUCGUGACGAACGCGCCAAUUCCUCUCUGUUUUUCAUGACUCUCGGUGUCACCUCCGCGGUUGCGAGGUCCAUGGCUCGGAUCCUCCAGCUCGCUCUGGCUGGAAACGCUGCUUGCCUCGUCGGCGGGGGGGAAGAGAGGCGCGACGAGAGAAGAAAGGAAAAAAACGGUGGAAUUACGUGAGUCACGCAAGUGGUGAAUACGUGACAUGCUCCAAUACACGCAUGCUCGCCUCGUCGGUGUGUCGGUGCUCGCCGUCUCGCUCCGGCCAGCGGCUGGCAUGGGAUCGGGUCUUCAUGUGUUCGUGCGGAGUUUUGUUCGGGUGUGUUGGGCCGUGAACUGUGGAGGAGAAUUCUCGGUCGUUCAUCGAUUGCGAGACACGUACGAGGGCUUGUGUGAGUGGCGACACUGGCUUGCGGACGAUGUGGAGAGGCCCAGAGAGUCAGUGGUUGUCUGGCAGUGAGUACGACUGGUACUUGCGUUGCACGCGCCGUCUGGUAGAGUGAGACAGACUGUGUGGAUUAUUUUCUCCUUGGAAGACCUCGGCCCCGUGGGUGUUGUUCCAGACGAGGCAGCGUACCUGGAUUCCGGGAAGGACAACAGAGUGGACAGCCAUUUCGCGUCCGCCAGCGCGAUCCACCGUCCAGCCACGGGUGAUUGUGUGAGUGGCGAAGACAAUGAAGCAAGAGUACGGAUGCACACCGUCAUGCCAGGCGGUUCUGCUGUCACGAGCGGAACUCGAGCAAAAGCUGCGCGAGGCGAGCGAUGAGAUCGACAUUGUGAUGCCGGAGAAUAUCAAGAGUCACGUCUGGAAGUACUUCAGGCCGAUUGUGUACCGUGGCGUCCGACAGAACUUCGUCAAGUGCCUGGACUGCGACAAUGUGCUGGCGUACAAGAGCAAGACCGGCACAGCCAGCCUUCUGCGCCACAAGUGCGAGGGUCGCUGCCGCGAGACACCUGGCGAGACCAACAUGCAUCGGCCCUCCACCUCGGCGGCGCCCCUGCCCGCCGAUCCUGGGCCGGACAUCAAGGACGAGGAGCGCGAGAUGGACGCUUUGGAGGGCAACAUGAUGGACGAUAUCACGAUCAAGCAGGAGCCCAUCUUCGGCUACAACGAUGGCUCCUUCCCGGAGCCCGAUAUCAGCAUGGAGGAGCUUGACACCAAGGGCGAUCUCACGUUCAAGCUUCAGAAGCACGAGCUGGAGGCCCUGAUCCGCGCCAAUGAUCCCAGCAUCACGGCGCGCGACCCCACAAAGUACAAGAACCACAUGUGGAAGCAGUUCAAGAUCAUCUAUUACAACAGCAUCCGGCAGGACUUCAUCCGCUGCAUGCAUUGCGGCGUGGUGCUGUCGUACAAGAAGAAGACCGGCACGGCCAGCCUUGUGCGGCACCGAUGCAACAUGAGGGCUCCAUCGAAGUCUCCGCCGCACGGCCUCCAGUCCUCCUUCAAGUACUCGCCCAAGUCCUCGUCCACCGAGGUGGAGCACGCUAACCGACAGCAAGCCAUGACGUCCGCCUUGGUGUCGCUGAUGCCUCACUUCCUGGCCAACUCGGGCCUCCGCGGUGAGUCCAAGAUCAUUCCGCCAGUGGACUUGGCACACUUCGCCACGGCGCAAAUCAAGUUCGCCGCCAGGGAUUUGUUGCCGCUGGCCUUCUUUCAACAGCCCGGCUUCCACGAGUUCGCCCAAAUCCUGCUCAACAUCGGCGCGGAGUAUGGGCACCAGAGCAUAGAGAGCAUUCUCACGCUGCCCGGCGAUCUGGCGGGAAACCAUCUGCAGGAUGUUAUGGCGCGUAUGAAGGAAGAGAUCAAGACUGUCCUCAUGGGCAAUGAGAUCUGCGUGUGCCUGGACUUGUGGCGUCACCAGAGUGAGAUGUGUCUCACCGUGGAGGCGUUUUUCAUCGACGAGAACUUCAUCCUCACGCGCUACAACCUCGGCUCGCGCAUGAUGCCUCAGCCAAGUGGUCAGCAAGUGCGGGUGUUCGUGCACGAGAUCCUGAGCGAGUACCUCGACUCCGUCCAGUUCGAUGGCCUGAAGAUGGUGAUCCGGAUGGAGGACACCGUGAUCCACGAAGCAUUCCCCAACGCCUCUGUGAUGAACUGUAUGUGUGAGAUGCUGAUCAAGGUGCUGGAUGACCUGCUCAGUGAGUUCCCCACAUUCCUCAAGUCCAUCGACGACUUCUCGCGCCACUUGAUGCAGCAGGGUGCCGUGAGCUUCCGCGAAAUCCUCGAGGGCAGCCACCCGACGCGAUGGCACAAGUACUUCCGUCUGCUGAAGGCAAUCUCCAACUUCUCGGAGACGAACGACAGCGAGGAGGACGUCUUCUUGGAGUUUUUCCACGAGAAGCUGGAGACCAUCAUUCAAGUACUCGACUUCAUGGAGCCCUUCCAGCAGUGCCUGGAGAGCCUGCGUUCCGAGUGCAACACCACACUCAAUGAGGUGUACUUGUGGAACAAGAAGUUCCAGCAGAGCAGUCGGAUCCUACCUAAGAACAGCGACCUCGUGGGGCGCAUGAAGACCAGCGCCAGCGAAUUGGUGAAGAAACACUUCGCCGUGUCGCAGUACCACAAGAUCGCCCUCUUUCUCGAUCCCAACUUCAAAAACAUGCGCUUUAUGCACGAGGAUGAGAAGAAUGACAUCUUGGACGUGGUGAAGCAGGAGCUGGAGGCCGUCAUGGGCGCUCCGGCUGACGAUUCUGCGUCCGCCAGCAAAUCCAUGAAGAUGAAUCUCAGUGAUCCCAUUCCCGGCUCCUCUAGGUCUUCGCUGCUGAACUUCAUGGAGUUCAUGGACAACUCCGUGUCCGAGGAGCCCAUCGAGACGGAGAUCAAGACGUACAUGGACAUCCGCCUCACGGAGCCCAUGGACGUGUUGUCCUUUUGGAAGGACUUCAAUCAGUGCCCCAGCCUGAAGAAGCUGGCGCGCCGCGUGCUCAACAUUCCCGCCACGUCGUCCAGGAGCCGUCAUGCGCUCAGUCCAGACAGUAUUUACGUGUCGGAGAAGAUCCAGAACCUGCCCAGGGACGAGAUGAUUCCCCUGCUGUUCCUGCGGCAGAACACGGGCCUGCACUAAGAUGCUUUGUAGGACGCUCUCCUGGAGCGCCAAGACAUUUUAAUAAAAAGAAGUGGAAUUCUUUAGUCGCAUCAGCAAUUUAGUGUCCAUCCCACCCAGUCGAAAUGCCCUGACAAAUCACUUAUCUUGCUUGUGUUGGAUUUUUCCUUAUCUGCAGAAGUCGGGAUCGCUUUUUGGAGUCCAGUCAGCAGAUUGAGGCGCUAGUCGAUCGCUUCGCCCGAGAGACUCCGAUUCCUGAGGCGCCCAUCAAU